AUGACGACGAGCAUGUCGCGCGCCCGUCCCAGCCUCGCACACCGCGCCGUGUCCGAAAUGGGCAGCGCCCACCACGUCGCCGCCGGCGCACCGCUGCCGCAGGGCGGCGUCGCGCCGCGCUCGCCGUUCCUCGGCCUGCCGCCGGCGUGCGACGCCGACAUGCUGCAGCAGCACGUCGCCAGCGCCGCCGCCGAGCACAAGCAGCGCACGCCGCGCCUCGCCGCCAGCUCCUCGGGCCGCCGUGGCUCCAACGACGCUGCUGCAUCUGGCUCCGCCUCGUGCCUCGCCAUGCGCCGUCUCGGCGGCGAGGCCAUGGCGGCGUCGGCGCCGCGCUCCUCCAACAUGGUCCGCAGCUUCUCCCUGCCCGUGCUCACCGCCGUCGAGCUGCAGCGCCAGCAGGAGGUGCUCAACAUGCGCCACCCGCCGACGGCCGUCAACGCCAUCGGCACGCAGCCGUCGUGGUGGACGCCCGAGUGGGCCGUGCCGGGCGCCGGGCCGUACGCACCCGCCGUCGUGCCGCGCCGCGAGUCGCACUCGGACCUCGCCGACGGCAGCGUCGCCAUGGCGCCGAGCGCCUCGUCGAUGCAGCGCCGCGGCUCCGCCGUGCACGCCGUGACGCUGCCGCUACCGCCGCCGACGACGGGCCUCGGCAUCACCAAGAAGCGCCGCUCGCCGCUCGCCGCCGUCGGCUCCGCCAAGCCGGCGCGCUCGCCGCGUCCGUCGCCGCUCGGCGCCAUCGACAACCGCAUGGCGCCGCUGCGCGAGCGCUCGCUGCACCUCGCCGUCGCCAAGUCGCCGCUGCGCGCCGCCUUCGCCACCGCCGACGAGAACAGCGCCGGCGACUACUUCUCCACCACGCACAGCAGCGGCAGCGACUCGGACGACGAGGCCCUGACGCCGCGCGCCGGCUCGCCCAUGUUCCUCGCCGCCGGCAAGGGCGACGUCGACAUGCUCGACAUCGACUUCAUCCACCCCGACCACCUGGCGCCGCCGCCGAGCCUCCUGGCAUGA